AUGCAUCUUCCGCUCGUGCUAGGCCUCGCGGCGCUGAGCAUGCAGCUUGCCGUUGCGCUGGACGUGAGCGUAUGCGGUGAUGCCACCUAUGCGCUAUCAGAGGCCCGGGGAGCUCUAUGCUCGGGCGCGGGUGCAGCUCCUGCAGGCACUGCUUGCCCACUGCGAGGCGACGUGGCUGUGGCAGACUGUCACAAUUCUCUCGCGUCCUAUCUGGACGGGUCCUGCGUCGCGCCCGAAAACGCCGAGUGCCGUAUCAUCACAGGAUCGACUUGGGGCUGCGUAUUGCCGUCCGUAGGCUGCGGGGAUAAAAGCAAUGAACCAGAAGCCACACCAGCAGCGACAGUGCCAACGGAGGAGGAUGGAAGCUGUCCGACAUGGAAUUUCGAUGGAGUGGAUGACGUGGUGGAAAGCAUCGACACAAGUUCAGCCUUCGAUGGCAACGAGGACUACGACGAGAGCUGGUUUUCGCAGACCACGACGGUGACGGAGCUCUACGACUGCGGUGAAGUACCGACGACGUCUCCGUCGACAGAGACACCAGUUACUGAGCUUCCGACAACGGAGAACCCUGUGCCCGAGCCUCCAGUAACUACUCCAACUCCAGUCACGACGUCGCGCACAACUCAAGAGCCGGAGACUCCAGCGGCGACGUCGCCUAUUACCCUGCAGCCUAGUACGGAAGCACCAGCCACGACGUCGCCCGCUACUCUACAGCCAAGAUCAGAACCGCCAUCGAUAAUGCCCCCCACUACUCCAGAGCCAACGACGGAAACCCCGGUGACAGCUGAGCCGACAACGCCAGAGCCUGCUACAGAAACUCCGGUAACAGCUCCACCUGCUACUUCGGAGCCUAGUACGGAAUCCCCGUCGACGACGUCGCCAACUACCAGGGUGCCACGCACCGAGACUCCAGCGUCGACUUCUCCAAUUACGACAGACACAGCGACGGCAGAGCCUACAACAGAGACCCCAGCCACGACUUCGCCAACUACUCCAGAGCCAAACACGGCAACCCCAGUGACAACAGAGCCUGGACCGCUAACAGAAAUUCCAGUCACCCCAGCACCUAUAACGCCUGAGCCCACCGCGGCCACAAAGACGGAUAAGCCUUCCACGCCAGGCCCGACCACGGAUGAACCAACGCCGACACCGACGACGGAGGAGCCUUACACGCCAGGCCCGACCACGGAUGAACCAACGCCGACACCGACGACGGAGGAGCCUUACACGCCAGGCCCGACCACGGAUGAACCAACGCCGGAGGAGCCUUACACGCCAGGCCCGAGCACGGAUGAACCAACGCCGGCACCGACGACGGAGGAGCCUUACACGCCAGGCCCGACCACGGAUGAACCAACGCCGGCACCGACGACGGAGGAGCCUUACACGCCAGGCCCGACCUCGGAUGAACCAACGCCGACACCGACGACGGAGGAGCCUUACACGCCAGGCCCGACCACGGAUGAACCAACGCCGGCAGCAGCCACGGAGGAGCCUUAUACGCCAGGCCCGACCACGGAUGAACCAACGCCGGCACCGACGACGGAGGAGCCUUUCACGCCAGGCCCGACCACGGAUGAACCAACGCCGGCACCGACGACGGAGAAGCCUUACACGCCAGGCCCGACCACGGAUGAACCAACGCCGGCACCGACGACGGAGGAGCCUUACACGCCAGCUCCUACAACUGCUGGGCUCACCCCGGCACCGACGACUACGGUAGAGCCGACUCCAACUCCAACAAGUUCGACUCCUUGCCCUUCUACGCAGAUGCCAACAAAGCCUCCGUACAAUCAGGGUAACCAAGGACAAUACCAGCAGCCUCAGCAGCCUCAGCAGCCCCCAUACAACCAGGGUAACCACGGACAAUACCAGCAAUCUGAGCAGACUGCGGAGUCCACCACUGCCACUGAGGAUGCUGAGACGGUGUCGCUAGCAACAGCAGACAACGCCGACUUUACCAGCAGUGGCAACUCGGGAGAGUUGUGGGUUGUAGUCGUUGGGUGCCUAGCUGCAGCUGCAGCUGUUGCUGGUGUGGCUCUUUACGCAAGAAAGAGACAUCAACGCAAGAACAGGGACCUGAGUUCAGCCAACGAGUACGGCAUGCACUCGAUCGUGACACCUCAGUGGUCGAGGACGGAUUAA